AUUCCCACCUUCAAGGAGCACCCGCUACCUUAAUAACAUCAAGAACAUGAAUCCUUGUUCCUGUUCCUGUCCCCGGCAAUUCCUCCAUUCAAGUAUGUAAGAAACAACAAAUGAUAUAUCAAUACCUAGUAAAACCUCCCAUAUGGAGAAAUCUUCGGAUUUUGUUGUUGACACAUACUUGCUGGAUCUGCCCAAUUGUUAUCUCAACCGUAGGCCACGGUUCCAUGCCCCACCGCUGCAGAACGUAGCCUGCCAGCCGCACAGCGCGUUCCACUAUCGAAGCCUGGAAACAGGUGGAAAACAGCAAGAACAAGAACAAGAAAACGGUGCCAAUGCCGGCGCUGACCUAGACAGGCUCUCCGCCCUCCCGGAUAUUAUCUGCCAACACAUCCUCUCGUUUCUCCCCGCCAAAGAUGCAAGGAGGACGGCCCUUGUCUCCAGGCGGUGGCGUUACAUGUGGUACGCCUGCGCUUCCUUCACAUUCAACGAAAGGGAGUUCCACGGACGGCCCCCUCCUUUGCUGCAGUGGCAGUGCAGCAGGCAGAAUUUCAUCAGGUUUGUCGAUGAGGCCCUGGAAUUCCGAAAAAUGUACUUCAAUGAUCUCAGCAUCGAGAAAUUCAAAGUGUCGAUGAGGUUCGUUGAGGAGGUUAGUCCUUGUCUUGAGAAAUGGAUUGCUUUUGCAUUGGAAAGAAAUGUGAAGGAACUGAGCAUCAUUGCAGAGAUGAAAGACUUGAUUGCCGUUGCUGAAUUCUUUCACCCCUUUAGAGUCCCUUAUCUGUUGCCCCAGGCCGUGUUCACCACCAAAUCAAUUCAAUGUUUGGAGAUCGUCUUCUGCGAUCUAAGCAACGUAUCUGGAAGCUCGAUCCACCUGCCUUUCCUCAGGAGCCUUGACAUGAUCAAUGUUCAUAUGAAUGACUCCAUUUUCACAAGCAUACUAUCCGGAAGCCCUUUGCUCGAAAAGAUAAAUCUUUCGCUCGUAUGUGGCCUGGAGAGAAUUCACGUAACUGGCGAGAAACUAAAGAUGCUGGUGGUUUUCAAGUGCUUACCUUUGGAAGAGGUCAUUGUCAAAGCACCAAACAUCGAGUCGUUCCUCUUCAGGGGAAAGAGACAUAGUCUUGAUAAAAUUGAUAUUUCUUCCUGUCGAAAGCUGAAAUUCUUGUGGCUGCAACGUGCCUCGAAUCUAACUGAUGACGCCCUGGAAAAAGUGGCCGCUCUGAAUCUAAACCUGGAAGUAAUGAUCCUAAGCCACUGCUCUGCCUUAAAAAAUGCGGUCGUCCACUCUCCAAACCUGUGGAUGUUUGUUCUGUUUAAGUGCAAGCAUUUGGCUCUGGUUAAGAUCGAAGCUCCAAAUCUACGUGCAUUUGAGUACUCCGGCCACAUGAUCACCUUCUUGUCAGUGGUUUCAUCACCUAAACUAGAUGCCAUAAUCCACAUGGACCGGCCGGAGAUUUGCAGCCGUUGGUAUGCAAAACUGAAGAACAUGUGUUCAAGGUUCGACCACUGCAGGUCACUCUGGAUCCGCUGUGAACACGACAUCGACUUAAUCAUACCACACGAACUGAGAAAACCACUGCUUCCUCAACUCCAGGGCCUCACAGAGUUAAAGAUUCACGUAAGAAAUGGGACGCGAUACCUGGCACAGCUUGAAGACGGGAUUCGUUGGAUCUUUCCAGGAUUGAAGAAUCUGUACGUGGAGUCUGAUGGUUCAACGCACCAUUUCCAGUAUGCUGGCGCCAUCGGAGACGUUGGACCAGCUUGGAGGAAAUGCAGGGACUUUAUCAAACAGGAAAACGAUAGAUUUUAGACAAGCAUUAUGAUGUCUCAAACAUAAACAGAUAUUGGUAAUGUUUGUAACAUGAAAAUCUUACACGACACAAAACAAAUGUUGGCAAUGUUUGCAGCAAGAAAUGCCAAUGUUCCCAGCAGCCUUCUCGUUGAUGCAUCUGGCAGCAGGCAAAUGCAUGUUGUUUGAUGAAUUAUAUGAAUUCCGUAACAACUUUACAAGACUA